AUGACUCUCCCUCACGGCGUCGGGUUUGUUGGACUUUCAGCAUCAGGUUGGGCAAGCACGGCACUUGCCCCUGCGAUCUUCGGUCCCGCGCUCUCGUCUACCUAUCGACUUGUCGCUGUCUCCACUUCCUCCGAGGCAUCUGCCGCCCGCUCUGCUGCCAAACAUUCGACAGAGACAAACGCCGUGCAUGCUUACUCGGGUGAAACAACUGCCAUUGCGCGUGAUCCCCAAGUCGACCUCGUAGCUGUGUCCGUCAAGGCGCCAUACCAUCACCCAGCUCUGUUGCCAGUCAUUGCCGCCAAGAAAAAAUUCUUUGUUGAAUGGCCCGCAGGAAAGAACCUCACUGAGACGAAAGAGUUGGCUCGGCUGGCGAAAGAGCAAGGACUGAAGAAUAUGGUCGGCUUCCAAGGAAGAUUCUCGCCCACAAUAAUCAAGGCAAGCGGAAGAUGGAACCAGAUCGUUCAUUCCGGAACCAUCGGCAAAGUCUUGUCCACUAGCAUUAUUGCCCUGGCUCCUAGGGAGAUGGGGUUUUGGGGACCGAGCAUCAAAGAAGGAAGUGUCACAAUGCUCGACAUUGGUGUUGGCCACCAGCUUGAUGCGCUAACCCACAUUCUGGGCGACUUCGCGAAUGUGAGCGCAACGACAGCAAUAGCAUAUUCUACCUCGACGACGAUCUCCAGUGCGCGGAAGACUGCGGUUACUGCUGAUGAUCAUGUGGCACUUUCUGGUAUCCUCAAGUCUGGUGCGGUGGCCAGCGUCAUUUGGCGGGGCGGUUACCCCUCAACACCAGGCCGGCUCCAGUUCGUCUGGAUAAUCGAUGGUGAGGAGGGCAGUCUUCGUGUCGAGUCAGAGAGCGUCGGUGGUGCAUUCCUCAAUGUACAGGACCCGAAACUCCUCCUCAAUGGACAAGAAGUGCAAUUGGAGAGUGGCGGGCUUGGGGAGUAUGUCACAGCCGCUUGGUCAAAUUUCGCAGAGUCCGACACCGCCGUGGAGAGGACCUAUGCGACCAUGGAAGACGCGGUUCGAAUCAAGACUUUGCUUGUUGCGAUCGACAAGAAUAGUGGAAUUUUGAAGGAUGAUCCAUUCUUGCUUCAUAAUUCAAUGAGAGCGAGCGAGUGGGGGGAAAAGCAGGAAAAUGAAUAUGUUACCGUGACAUCCUAUACCAACACUACCGAUCCCUCGCUCUCCGUCUCUUCUACCAACAUCCACUGGAAUGGUCCCCAAAUGCUAGUCAACCCACUCAACAAUGGCAUCCAGCCUCAUGUCCCGCAUUGGAUCAUCGUUCUUCUCUGUCUGCUCAUGGUUGUCAUCAUUCUUGUUACCGUAAUCAAAGCUGCUCGCACUGGCGGUCACCUCAUUACCCACCCCAAGUCAUACACCCACCGGAAACGCCGUCGCGUCGCGUCGAUGUUCAAGGACCUCAGAUCCAUCUGGCCGCGUGCACCCUCAGACACUGUCUUGGCUCAUUCUGGUCAAUAUGCGUAUCCGAAGGAGAAAAACUACAACCAGAGAUAUCACGAUGCCUCGCCGGUACCCGACAUGGAUGCUGCUCUUUCCCACCUCACCCAAUCAAACACACUCAAGAACCAACGCCGUGUUGUUGCUGCUGUCGCUCAGGGUCUCCGCCAAAACAACUAUGACGAAGAAUACUGCGGUCGUGCCAAAUCGAACGAUGCUACUCUUCCGCCUAUGCUCCGUCCCCCUGGUGCUCGCUGCGAGGCGGCUGCUGUUCGCUCGGUCUUCGCAUUGGGCCCGUAUUAUAAGCACCAGACGAAAUGUUCUUCGCUCUCCCAAUUGCUCAUGGGAGCAUACGAUUUAGUCGUUGGUGUCCUGCUUCUAGGACUGUUCUUCAACACCUAUCUAUACGGCAUUUGCACCUACCAGUUCGCAACCUACGUCCAUUCCAGUGAGGCUGUCUCUUACUCGUUGUGGAUUAGAGCGGUUUAUGUGGCUUGGGAUACCUGUGUCACCAACUUUGCUAAUCCGACGAGCCUUGAAUACGUUAGAUGGACAGUCCCGUUCACCGUUAUCGCGACAUCGUUGACUGCCGUCACGACCCAAAUAUUCCUGGGUCAUCGUGUCUGGUUGCUGACGGACAACAGAGUACUUUUCGUUCUCAUCGGCACGCUCUCAAUGCUCGCUUUCGUCUUUGGGUGUAUCGCAGGCAUUAUGAUCGGGACGGUCAAAGAGGUAACCAAGCUCGCGCCGCUGGUGCCCUAUGUCACUGCAUGGCUCGCGCUCCAAACAAGCACGAACCUGGUUAUCACCUGUAAGACGGUUUUAGUGCCGAACAACCAACUAACAGAUGUAGUCUUCUUGACGAAUGCGUUGAGGCACUCCAGGACCGGGUUUCGCACGACAGACACCAUUAUUAAUCGGCUCAUCGCUGGCGCACUGCGGACGGGGCUCUUUGCGUCGAUGCUGGCGCUUGCUAACUUGUUUUCGUUCUUGCUGCAUCGAAACACAAACCUUUACGCCAUGUUUGCCUACCCAAUGGGCCGUGUCUAUACCAAUACUCUUCUCAAUACCCUCAACUGCCGAGCCACAAUGAAGGUGAAUGAUAUGAUCGUCGAUUCUGAUGUAAUCAGCCCAAGUUUUCGUGUCCUACCACUGCUAAAGUCAGCCAACAUCAAUCCUUCUGUUUUCUUGGCCCUCUCCGCCACCCACCGACCUGAACGACCACGACGGCUGGCCUACCCGAUGGGCAUCAAAUUCGGCUCGUUCAACUCCAUCUGCGAAACUGCGGCGCUCGUUAUAUGCCCACUCGUUGGCACCGACCAAGGCAUUGAGCCCUCAUGUUACAGCCGCAAUGUCGAUGUUGGCGGAACCCUCAUAUUCCAGCCUUCGACUUGUGUGGUCCACAUUGCUGCGAUAAUAAUGACCAUUAUAAUGAUCCUACAUGUCCGGAGUAAAUAUACGGCAGUCGGUCGCAAGGAAAUCGUCACCUUCUUUUGGAUGUAUACUGUCGCUGAGCUCCUUGCGAUAUUCCUCGAUUCGGGCAUCAUACCCACAUCAAAUGCCGUCUAUACGUGGUUUGCGGCAAUAUAUACUGGCCUGGUGGCAGCGACCUACGCUUGUUUGCUCAUCAAUGGCUUCGUUGGCUUCCAGUUUGCCGAGGAUGGCACACCCUUGUCAUUAUGGGGUCUUCGUAUAUCCUGCCUGGUGGUAUUCGCCGUCAGCUUCUUUGUAGCCGCCGCAACCUUCAAGAAGUUUGCUGGCUUUGAUUAUACCAAACCCAUCGGUCUUUGGAUCAUCUACAUCCUUUGGCCCUUGCUGUGCACGGUCAUCUACAUUGUCUCCCAACUUCUGCUCGUUUUCCGUACCCUCGACGACCGUUGGCCGAUUGGUGAUAUCGUCUUUGGUACGGCCUUCUUCGCAGCCGCCCAAGUACUUCUUUUCGGAUUCAGCAUUACCAUUUGCAACGCGAUCAAGCACUACAUCGAUGGCCUUUUCUUCUUCACGUUAUGCAUGCUCCUCAGCGUGAUGAUGGUGUACAAGUACUGGGACUCGAUCACGCGAGAAGACUUAGAGUUCUCUGUCGGGUCCAAAGCAACUGUCUGGGAGAUCAAGGACCCCCUGCUCGCUGGAGGCGGGCCGGAACCGUAUGGGUCUGGGCCGGGAGGGUCUUUCCCUGGCACAAAUCACUACAACUACUCCGAAGAAGACACUGCCAGCAACUUCAAUGGAGGGGCUCCGGCGAGUCUGGUUGGCGGAGUUAGUGGCGGGCAGUUGUAUGGACAGGGUGGAAGUGGUUAUCCAUACCCCCAGCGUGGGCGUGGGUACCCACCAAAUUCUGAGCGAGGUUAUUAG